AUGUGGACCCUCGUGCUUUGGUGUGUGAUGUACGCGAAACAAGGCUUCUCGGACAGCAGCCGCAACAACACCCAUUCUCAUCACAUUCUCGUAUCAACGCUGACAGAACGACGAUCAAUCACACGCUUCGAGGCACCAGCCAUACCCGAUUGCAAAGGUCCACUGUUUGGUCUAGACACGGAACUCCAUCUUGGCACAGCAACCCACGACCGACUUGGCUACCUACGAUUAUUGCGGCCAGCUUUCUUCGACGCCACGCCAUUGAGGGACGUCACAAGUCAGUCAUCCUUCGCCUGUCCCCCGACGAUCACGGAUCGAAGGACUAGGGGUCCUGAGUCGCCGCAGUCACAGGUCACAGCGCCACGAAACAGUGAUGCUGCAGCCUUGCCAGCGCAAGUAGGCUCAGCCACAGCAUACAGCCACUCACUGCUGCACAGCGCAUAUACCUGGUCGAACGCUCAUCAAGCAUUUCAGCAGGAGCCGGCAAAUCAGCGCACGACAGCGCUCUCGUGUCGCUGCCCAAGCCCAACGAGUCAUUUCUUCGUCAUGACAGACUCUCACCACAGUGUCCCUGACUUCACAGCGCCUGCACAACAGCAGCAGGUGCAGCCAGACGCUCUUGCAGCCUCGGCACAAACUGCGGCGCUCCCUCCCUCGGCAGACCAAGCACCAACUUCAUUACUUCCUUCGCAGCAUCCAUCUCAAUCUCCACCAGCAAGCAUUCGGCCAAACUCAGAACCAUUAUCCACCCACGAACCACCAAGAGAAAGCAUCGAACAGACCCCACCAGCCACCACCAGCGCAGACAUGAUGCGUGCUGUCCUCCAGCCCCAACAUGCACCCCUUCAACCACGUCCACACAAUGCAUACAUCGACUCGACAGCGUUGCAUCACGGCCACAAGCAUACCGAGCCGCAAGAGCCUUCCAGGCAGCCUACUGCCGAUCUGCACGACGAGCCCGAUGAUGCAACAGCAGAUGAAGUUGCCGAAACCUCAGAUGACGCAGAUGACGCUACAGAAGACACCACAUAUCCGCCGCUCAACACCUCUAGCGACGAUGCGAGGCAUGCCGAGCUGGUCAAGCUCCAAGAAGAGAUUCAAGAUCUCGAAACCUCCAUCGAUGGGCUCAGUGACUACUACCGCAUCGUCGAUCGGCUUGGCGAAGGUACCUUUUCGUCCGUCUACAAGGCCAUCGACCUGCAGCAUCUCGUCUUUGACAAUGACGAUUGGAUUCAGCGUGGCCCACUCGAUCCUUUGCGCAAGGGCGUCUGUCAUGUAGCGCUCAAGAAGAUCUACGUCACCUCGAGCCCUCAGCGCAUCUUCAACGAGCUCUCCAUCAUGGAAGAUCUGCGUCCUGCAGAAUACGUCUCCUACCUCAUCACCGCCUUUCGCUCCGAGGACCAAAUCGUCGCCGUCAUGCCCUACAGCCGUCACCGCGACUUUCGAGACUACUACAAGGAGAUGCCGCUCGGCGAUUUCAAGUACUACUUCCGUUGCCUCUUUUCGGCCUUGCAAAGCGUUCACGAGGCGGGCAUCAUGCAUCGCGACAUCAAGCCCGCCAAUUUCCUAUACGAUCCCACCACGGGUCAUGGCACUUUGUGUGAUUUUGGCUUGGCCGAGCGCUUCGAGGCCACAGAGUGGCGAGGCAAGUGUCACCACACGUGCCCAACACCACAGCAUCCGCACGGCACCAAGGAGAUCAAUCGCGCUGUUGAUUCCAUCUGGUUCGAGCCGGGCAAGCCUCUGUCGGGCAUACCGCCGCCCUCAGAAAGCAGCGCGACGGCUGCGAACUCGGCAUCGGCUGCAGCUGUCGCAAACACAGAUGCUCUGGUCACUUCUUCUUCCAAGUCCGGCGUCAUGGAUCCACCUCCCGAACGCGUCGGAUACAUUGUUUACGACGGACGUCAAGGCGUUCGAGCCAAUCGUGCGGGAACCAGGGGCUUCCGAGCGCCAGAGGUACUCUUCAAAUGUCAGGAUCAGACGGUCGCCAUCGACAUUUGGUCCGCCGGUGUGAUCCUGCUCACACUCCUGAUCCGACGCUUCCCCGUCUUCAACUCGAAUGACGACGUCGAAGCUCUGCUCGAGAUUGCCGUCAUUUUCGGCAAGUCACGGAUGGAGACGUGCGCCAUGCUGCACAACCGCACCUUCCAUUGCACCAUCCCCAGCGUCGGCAACUCGGGCUCGCUCACCGAUUUCAUCAACCGACUCAACCCGGAACUCAGAAAUCCGGGCGCGCAUCACGAUCCAGAGCAGUACUCGCGCGAUGUAGCAGAUGCACUCGACAUGGUCAAGUCGUGCCUGCACGUCGAUUGUACUCGACGCAAGACAGCUGCCGAGCUGCUGCAGCAUCCAUUCCUCCGCAUCGAUCCGGAAGAGGACGAGAUGAUGGAAGAUCCACAGCAGGCAGAGUAUUUUGACGGACAUCCGCAGGACUUUGCAGAUUACUAUCAGCAGACGGGCGAUGGUCAGUAUCGCCACGACGGCGAUUACGGCGAUCAAACGUACGCAGAGGACGAAUUGGAGGAUGCAGAUGAACACGAACAAGUCGUUCAGCUGCAGAGCAGACGUGGGAUGCAAGGAGAAGCAUCCGAGGGCGGCGAGCCUCAGAUUUCGCACGUCGACGCGGCGUUGCAACAGAAUCUGCAUCAGUCCGAGCUGGAGCAUGCACGCCAGCCUCAGCAACACAACCAGCAUCUACCGCAAGAACAUGGGCACCAGCAUCAGGUCGAGCGUCAUCAGCACCAACAUCAGCUCGCGCAUCUUUCUCAGGAACAUCAGCAGUCCAUUGCCUCGCAUCAGGCUGCAGCAGCGCAACAGAUGUAG